CGGGCGGGAAGAGCGAAAGAAGCUAAACUAUCGGGUCUGUGCAUCGUUGUGUUUCAAACAUCAGCGGUACGUUGGUUUUUGUUUCUUAGCUCAGUUUCAAUAAUUUAUGAUAAACCGAAUUCCCCGCGACUCUGAUAUAUAUCUUUGCUUGACCUGUGCCUAGAGUUUAAAGGGAUUCGAAGCGCGAAACUGAUGGAGGAGCCCGCAGAUUCCGGCGGUGGCGGGGCAGCACAGGGCCCCAUGGCGCAAGUGGCGGAGAUCCGCUGCCCAAUAGCAGCGCGUCCAAUGCGGCUGCUGGAAUGGAAAGUCAAACCCGGUUCCCUCGUCAAUGUGGACUCGGUAUUGGCGUUAUGUGCUCCCAUCCCACCGGAGAAGGAGUACGGGUCCCAUCCGCCAGAACAGCCCAAUCGGCUGUCAGAGAAGAAGCUGAAAUCGGACCGAGCUGGAGUGGUGAAAGAGCUAUGCUGUCAACUUGGACAAGUCAUAUCGCCUGGUGUUGUGGUUGUAAAAGUAGAAGAAUGCAGCCAUCCCAUUGUGAUGAAGGGCCUGUGUGCUGAAUGUGGCCAGGACCUCACACAGAUGCAGACCAAUAAUGGGAGGCAGCAGGCUCUCAUCUCCACGGCAAAUGUUUCCAUGGUGCACAGUGUCCCUGAGUUGAUGGUCAGCUCUGAGCAAGCAGAGCAGCUGGGCAGAGAGGACCAGCAGAGACUCCACAGGAACAAGAAGCUGGUUCUGAUGGUUGAUCUGGACCAGACCCUGAUCCACACCACCGAGCAUCACUGCCAGCUCAUGUCCAACAAGGGAAUCUUCCAUUUCCAGCUGGGGCGGGGGGAGCCCAUGUUACACACGCGACUGCGUCCGCACUGCAAAGACUUCCUGGAGAAGAUCGCCAAGCUCUACGAGCUGCACGUCUUCACCUUCGGAAGCCGCCUCUAUGCACACACCAUCGCAGGCUUCCUGGACCCUGAGAUGAAGCUGUUUUCCCACAGGAUCCUGUCUAGAGACGAAUGCAUCGACCCCUUCUCCAAGACAGGGAACCUGAGGAAUCUGUUCCCAUGUGGGGACUCGAUGGUAUGUAUUAUAGAUGACCGGGAGGACGUGUGGAAGUUUGCUCCCAACCUGAUCACUGUGAAGAAAUACAUCUACUUCAAGGGGACAGGAGACAUCAAUGCCCCGGCCGGGUCUAAAGAGGCUCAGCAGGGAAGGAAAGCAGGCAGCCAGGCCAGCCGACCAGCAGAGGCCUCAGAACCAGCAGUAACGUCAGGGACAACAGGGCCUAAAACAGGGCCAUCUGGGGGGUCGUCUGCAUCAGAGGAGCAGAGUAAUGGUCUUAAGAAACAACGGGCCAAAGACUACAACAAUGGAGGGAGGGGGGGGUCAACAACACCCUCAGCCACUCAGGGUUCAGCAGCCAAUGAACGGACUCAACCGGACGGUGGCGAGGCUGUGGAGGAGGAGCGGGGUCAGGGCGAGGGAGCCGAGGCCAGCGCGGCAGCACAGGUGAGCGACAGGAUGAAUGUGAAAGAUGAGAUGAAAGCGGAGGGGAAUGGAGAGGGGAAGGAUGGCAGCAGGACAUUGGGCUCAGGGGAGGAAGCUCCCCUUCCGGGUGGGGUGAACUCAUCCUCCACUCCUCUUCCUCCAUCAUCCACUCCUCCAGACCUCCAUGAGCCCAACAGCAACCUGGACUUUGACCUGUCCAGCGACAGUGACGCUGACUCUCUUACGGGUAAACCCACCUCAUCAGACAACGAGAGGGACGGGGUGUCCAGCCAGACCAAGAAGUCCAAACAGGAAGGCGCGGAGCAGCCAGCAGUAGAGGAGCCGUCAGGUGGGGCUGGAGGAAGGGAGGGUGAGAACAGCUCCGCGGUAGUAGGGGAGACCUCAGAUGAGACAUCUGGGUCAGAGGUUGUCUUCCCUCCAGACCCGGAGCAGGAGAACGGGCGCUUAGAGAGGAGGGAGGCUGAGACAGAGUCCCAGAACAGUGAACAGUCAGGAGUCACCAUGGGGGAGGAGUCUCUGGACCCGAGCAUGGAGGAGGAGGAAGAGGAAGAGAAAGAGGAGGUGGACGUGGACAAGGAUGACCACCUCAUCUACCUAGAAGAGGUGCUGGAGCGUAUCCAUGGAGAGUACUACGCCCGCUACAGCGCCUUCCUCGGGAAGGAACGCCCAGAGAUGCCUGACAUCAGGAAGAUUGUCCCGGAGCUGAAGGCCCGGAGCCUGGAGGGCACCACCAUUGUGUUCUCUGGACUGUACCCCACCAAUUACCCCAUGGAGAGAACCAGGGAGAAUUACCACGCCAAGGCCCUGGGAGCAAAGAUAGGAAAGGGCCUCCUGCUCCGCUCUAAAGACCCUGGCAGAACCACACACCUCAUUGCUGCUAGAGCAGGUACAGAGAAGGUGCGUCAGGCCCAAGGCUGUAAACAUCUCCAUGUGGUGAAUCCUGACUGGCUGUGGGGAUGUCUGGAGCGCUGGGAGAGGGUGGAGGAAUCACUGUAUCCACUGAAGGAGGACUACACCAAGACCCAACGGAGCAACAGCCCAGUUACGUUCCCUGACCUCCAAGGGUCCUUCCAGAACCCCCGGUUCCCCCCCGCCCCCCUCCACCACCACCCUCCAGCUGCCCCUGAGGUGCGGACGUAUGACCCAGUCACGGGGAAGCUGAUUCGCCGUGGGACUCAGGCCUCCAGACCACCAUCUUACCUCCAGGCCUCCAUGUCUGCUGCCCAUGGCGACCAGACCUCGCUCAGGGGGGGUCAGAAGGACCAACAGGGGGAGACGGCGGGUCCCUCCAGUCGAGACGACGAGCAGCCUGGACCCUCCUGUCGGCGGAGGGAACGCCAGCCCAGCAUGUCAGAGACCAACCCCCUCUACACAUUCUGUAAAGAAGACCUGGACAGCAUGGACAAGGAGGUGGACGACAUGCUAGAUGAGGAGAGCGAUGAGGAGGGAGAUGGCCGGGGGAAGAAGACCAGGGAGAUGGAGGAGGAAGAGGAGAUGGAGGAGGAAGCAGAGGGGCAGCGUCCCCAGAGUAGUGGACAGAGCACUGAGGGAGAGAAGCAGCACCAUGAGCAGCAGCAGCACCACCACCACCACCACCACCAACCGGGUCUGGCCACCGUUAUAGAGGAGACGGAGAAGGCACAGAUGCCACCUAGUGACCAGGGCGAUAUGACGACGGGUAGCGUGCCAAGGGGACAGAAGCGCAAGCUUGAGGAGGAAGAGGGGGAGUCGGCGGACGAGUCCACCAAGGAUUCUAACGAGGAAGAGGAAGGAAGCAGCUCAGAGGCUGAUGAGAUGGCCGCUGCCCUGGAUGCGGAGCUUAACGACUUCAUGUGACAGCGAUGAAUUUGAUUGGACAAAUGAACUGGAUGUUUGAUUGGACGUUUGUGAACAAUGACUCACAGAACCCCCCCCCCGAGUUAUCCCAGCAGCUUUUCAGCUACGUGGUACCUGAGAAUCAUUCUGUCUCUGCGCUGUGUGCGUGCUUGUGUUUUAUCGAGGUGAAUGUGUUGUACAGAAUGAAGAGGUAGGUUAGUACGGUAGGAAAACAUUGGUGUGUAAAUAUAGUUGUAGAUCAUUUUUAGGGUUAAUAUAGAAACUUUCGACAAACACAUUUGUGGUGUUGUUUUAUUGUGAGAUAAAAAAUAGGAGGUUUUACUUGAGUUUGUUUUUCUAUUAAGACUUUUUUAUAUAAAUUCAACAAAUUAUUAACUUUAUUCAUUGGUCAUAUGAUGCCAAAGAGUUUGAACUAGGCCAAUCAGAGCCUGCAGCUAAACAUUUUACUCUUGACGUCACAUUCUGUGAUCCUAUUUCCUGUUGUUUUUUUUUUAGGGGUUGAUCAUUAAAACGUUGUUACCGGCAGAAAGACUAAGAUGCCUGAA